CCCCGCCGAGGCCCCCGCGCCGCUUAUGAUUGGCUGCGGGUCCAACCCCCUUUCUUUUCCUUAUUUGCCGCCGCCGCCGCAGCAAUGAACGACACAGUGACCAUCAGAACUAGGAAGUUCAUGACAAACAGACUGCUUCAGCGCAAGCAAAUGGUGAUUGAUGUUCUUCAUCCUGGGAAGGCCACAGUCCCCAAAACAGAAAUCAGGGAAAAGCUGGCCAAAAUGUACAAGACAACACCUGAUGUAAUUUUCGUCUUUGGCUUCAGAACUCACUUCGGUGGUGGCAAGACAACAGGUUUUGGCAUGAUCUAUGAUUCCUUGGACUAUGCAAAGAAAAAUGAACCAAAGCACAGGCUUGCCAGGCAUGGCUUGUAUGAAAAGAAGAAGACUUCUAGGAAGCAGCGAAAGGAGCGUAAGAACAGGAUGAAGAAAGUCAGGGGCACAGCCAAGGCAAACGUUGGUGCUGGCAAGAAGAAGGUAAUCUGUGUGGUCUUGUAUAGCUGCUUAUCAGCUCAGUAGCUUAGUUUUGCUCCUCACUGCUGCAAGCUUUACUGUUAUGAUGUGAAACAAUGCUUCUUAAAUGAUUUCCUUUGUGUCCCUUGACCUCAAUUUAAACUUCCAUAAGUCUUAACAGAAUUGCUCUAAUUGCAUAACUCAGUCUCGCAGUAUGCAGAUUAGAUUACCUUAACACUUGUUACUCAGACAACUAAAUGUCUAAUGUCAAGUGCACCAAGUUAUUGUUUUUUAUGGUGUUAUUUAUAAAGGAAAUUUUGUUAAGGGGGUGUGGUUUCAAAGUAGCGAGGGCAGAGUGCAAAAAUAGAAAUAAGGUAGAAUGCCUGCUUUAUCUUGGGUGUAAGUGACUGAUUCUUAAGAUAGUAGAGUUUUAUUCUGGUGGGAGCUUCCUGUGCCAUGGCUUGGCAGCCUGGAGGGAGGCAGAGUUCCUUUAUCUUUAAACAUCAAAACUGAGGAAUAUCUGAUGUGCAGAGACAUCUUCCAUAGCAGCUCUUUGUCUCUGAAGAAUACUGGGUAAGCUAUGCAGUGAAGUGGGUGUCUUCAAGUUUCAACAAGGGGAGAGAGGGCAAAGGGUUUGGGUGCUUAGUUCUGUAGCUGCUAAAAUGUUUU